AUGGAGGGCAUGGACCUGACUGCCGCCUCUUCCUCGGCCGGCUCGACGCCUGCUGCUCAGGCUAAGAAAAAGUCUCGUCGAGGAACCGACCCGACCACCCAGAAGCGAAGAUGCAUCAGCACCGCCUGUGUCGCUUGUAGGCGACGCAAGUCGAAAUGCGAUGGCCAGACGCCCGCCUGUGCCGCUUGCUCCAGCGUCUAUGGCACCGAGUGCAUCUACAACCCCAACUCGGAUCACCGCCGCAAGGGAGUGUAUCGAGAAAAGGUCGACAGCAUGAAAGCCCAAAACUCGACGCUGCAAAUCAUUGUCGAGGCCAUUUUGAAUGCCGCCGAAGAAGAAGUGCCAGGAAUCGUAAAGAAGAUUCGAACAUGCGACAAUCUCGAUUCGAUAGCCCAGGAGCUUUUGAAAGCGAGUGAAGCAGAGCUCAAUGAAGAAGACUUUGACGGCAAUGUGGACGAAGCAGCCAUGGAUUUCCUACCCGUGACAGGAGAACGAGAGCUUGCCGGCAAGAUGGGAGAGCUGCGGCUCGAAAAUGGCUCAGUGCGCUUCAUUGGCGGCACCUCUCAUCUCAUCUAUCUAGGAGACCCUCACCACGAUGGCAUCGAUUACGGUUCACCUUCUGAGCCCGGCAUUUGCGAAAACCCCAUCACGUCAUGGACCCGAGUGACCACCGAUCCACGCCUCAUCAUGCACCUCAUGAACAUGUACUUUAACUAUCACUACCCAUACUUCACCACGCUCUCACGCAAGCUGUUUUGGCGCGACUUCAUGAGGGGCAAGGCGGGCUUGGCGCAAGGCACGGCGUACUGCUCCUCGCUAUUGGUAAACGCAAUGUUGGCGCUCGGCUGCCACUUUACCGAUAUCCCAGGCGCUUUUGGCAUCCCCGGCGACAGCAGGACCAAAGGAGACCAUUUCUUUGCCGAGGCCAAGCGACUCAUCGUCGAUAAUGACGAAUACGAGAAGCCGCGGCUUGUGACCGUGCAGGCUUUGGCACUCAUGUCUGUGAGAGAAGCGGGCUGUGCAAGAGAGGCCAAGGGCUGGGUCUAUAGCGGCAUGAGCUUCCGAAUGGCUCUCGACAUCGGCCUCAACCUCGAGGUAGAGGGCCUGGAUAGGGAGCACAUGUCGGAGGAGGAAAUAGAUGCCCGGCGCGUCACCUUCUGGGGGUGUUUCUUAUUCGACAAGACCUGGUCCAACUACCUGGGCCGGCUGCCACAGCUCCCAAGGAAUUCCUUUACCGUUUCCAAAAUCGACGUCUUCCCUGACGAAGAUGCGGCGCUGUGGUCGCCUUUCACAGAUAAAGGGUUCGACGACUCUCUUGCCCAGCCCUCGAGGACGCGAGCGGUUGCUCUCCACUUGUCCAAGCUAUGCGAAAUCAGCAGCGACAUACUCGUCUUCUUCUACCACCCAAGCCACAUAAAGAGGGCCGUUGGCAAAUCUCUUGAGCUGAAGAAGCUCAGCGAGCUCCACCAACGGCUUGAGGAAUGGCGGAUGAAUCUGCCCAAGGAGUUUGAACCAAAAGAAGGCUUGCUGCCAAACGUGAUAUUGAUGCUCGCAUGUACGAUCCAUCUGCUCAAUCUGCCCGAAAAGACGGCGAAGCGGGAUUUGACCCACGGUCUAAGGCAUCUGGAAGAGAUUGCCGAGGAUUGGCUCUGCGCGAGACGGACGCUAAGCAUCCUCAGCGUCUUGGCAAGAAAAUGGAAAUGCGAGAUACCAGAAGAUGCCGACAUGAUCCUCAAACGGACGGACGAGAGAUUUGAAUACUACAGCACAUCCGAAGUUCCCUCUCCUGGAUCGAGCAACUUGGCUCCUAUUUCGCCGGGGACCUCAGAGGAAGGGGCAGUGCAAGCUACCAGGCUCGAGUAUGGGCUUACGAGGCACCCAACUUCAGAGCCUAUAGCUCAGCCAGCAAUACAGACGUCUAUCGAGGAGCGGCUGACGAUGGAUUCGCCCAUGUCCCUGGGCAACAAUAAUCCCCUUCCGGAUCAGCGAGGCAUGGCCAUGGAUCCCUCGCAAAUGGAUUUGCAAGAUAUACUGGGAUGGUCGCAGCAACUAGGGAUUCCGUUGAACUCGCAGUCGCCGGCAGCCCAGAGCCACAUCUCGUCGGACAUGGGCCAUCGCCAACCCCAAGCCCAGACGCAAAACCUAGGCAUGGACAGCCGCGAGUGGCUGUUGAGUGACUCGGCGCGGCUGCACCAAAGCUUUGGAAGCUGGGAUAUGAGACCGCAAGCAGGACCUGCGAAUCAAAUCUUUAUGUUUAAUAAUGGUCGGGGCGAUGGGGUGGGGGUUGAGAAUCCGGACUUGAGCUCCUUUGACUCGCUUACUGAGUCUUUGACGACGCUCAAUGCGUGGUUGCCGUCUGGGCUAGAGUAG